GGAAAGUGGUAGCAGGGCUACUGUUUAUCUCUGCCUGGUAUUGUCAGUAGUGCUCACAGUUUUGGAGCCAGAGGAGGUGGUCUUGAGCAGUUAGCCCAUGCUACCCUCUGCAGGUUACUUUUGCCAUUUUCCGUGCCCUUUUGACAGCCCCGAGGGUCCGUGCCAGCGUUUGUACUGCCAGUUCAAGCACCAGGAAAUGCGGUGGGAAAUGAGUGAGUCAAGUGAUUGCAGCAGCUUGGAAAUGCUCCGGGUGCAGAGGAGCCACGUCGAAUCCAUGGGCACAACUAUGGAAGAACUGGAAAGAAUCAACAAAGAAAUUGAAUCAGUCAAGAGUGAAGUUGAAGAAAAGCAGAAGAGACUCUCCAGGUUUACUUUAGCACUUGAAGAGCUGUCACAAAGCCCUGUGGCCUCCUUGAAUGACACAAAUGUGAGACAAGAUUUUCCUGAAAAUAGCCUGAUUUCAAAAGAGAAGUGGAAUGAACCGUCAAAGAAUAGAGAGAAUCAGCCUAGAAAAUAUGUGUUGGACCACAAAUGUCCAGCAACUGACCUUGAAUAUGACCCAUUGCUCAAUUAUUCUGCAGGGCUGCUUGGGUCAUCUAGAGCAAGACAGAGUGAGACUGAUAUUCAGCACUCCUGCUAUUGGAAGAAAUCUGUGGGUAGAAAUUACCACAAGUCCCUGGAGAGUCCAUAUGUUUCACCAAUAAGAAUUAAAAUAAAUCUUCAAGAUUCUGAUGAAGAUGAUCUUGUAAUGGAUGUACCUCCAAUCAUUCCUUCUUCUAAGAAAUCUAAACCAUUUAGAGGCUUUAAAUAUCAGAAUAUGGAUGAAAAGGUACAAGUAAUACCCCCAAAGGAAAGAAAUCUUCAAAUCAGAGGCAUAGAAGAGGAAAAAGUAGACAAGACCCAGCUAACCACACAAAGAGAUGGUGACAGUAACAGAUCAGAACCACCAAAUCACUUAUGAAAACCUCACUAGAUAAUAAAACUAACAUAAACUUGUGUGGUGUUAAAAACCACAUUUCUAAGAUGGGAAGCUUCACCAGUGAGAAAAAGUAUGUCUAUAUUUCAGAAGAAAGUACAUCUUGUGCACUUCCCUGUGACAAAGAAAUACAGAAGGAGCAUCAUAAUGAAAGUUAUCCAAAGAGCAGGAGACAUGUAAAAACAUGUUAUGAUACUCAAAACAUGGAAUGGCGAUAUUCACCAAGUCAACCCCAAUUCUCAUAUUCAGAUGAUCACAUACAAGAAAAGGUUUUGAGAGUACAAAAUGAUAGUCAAGACUUAAAUACUUUUGAAGACAGAAAAUUAAUUGAAUUUGAUUUUGAUAAGGAAUGUACUGAAGACGACACACUCUCUGAUUCUGAUAAGACUAUGAAGGAAUGUCUUCAAAUUUUCAGUGAGUUCACACAAACCAAAGCUCAUAAGAGAGAAAUGACUAAGCAGGUUUCAGAAGAGCAAAUGGAAUUAGAUAUGUUAUAUUACCAAAAUAUUUCCAAACCAAAAAAGAGAAUUGCACACACUGCCAAGUUUGAUGUUCCAACCAGUAAAGAGAUGAUUAGCCCAUUCAGGGGACCAGGCCCACCACUGGUUAGUCACACUAGACUCCUCCAGGCCCAGGAACAGGCAGUGCAGAUAAUGGCUGCCAUUAAGGGUGGGCAGGCUUUUGUUAGUCUCACUUCAGAAGAGAAGAAAAAUACAGUUGCAUGUCCAGCCUCUCAGAUCCAAAGGAAAGCCUCAGGAGAAAAUUCACGUACAUCAAACAGCCUUCACAUGGAUAUAGUUCUUUCGAAGGAAAGUCCAGCUGCAAAGCCAAACAGAGCACAUGUUCCUGUGAAAAGUAUUCCUUAUUUUCCUGUGAAGAUGUUGAAAUAUAAAGUGGCUCAUCAGAAGCGGGCUGUAGGAACAUCAGAAUCCUUGUCCAAAGUACCUGAUGAAGUAAGACAACGCUAUGUCAACCUCUUUUUUGAGAAAUAUUUGAGAUUUUGCAAAACAGAUGAUGAUGCUUUUAACAAGGCUAAAAUAGAAGAAAAGGCCAUUUAUGAACGCUGUGGAAAUCGAAAUAUGUAUGUGAACAUAGCAAUAAAUACUCUUAAGAUGUUGAGAGACCAAGAUGUGUCUGGAAUCAGUAAUGAUGAUGAGACAACUGAAUUGAAAAAGAAUGAAAAGAAAAAUGUGCUCACCGGGAUUAUUCUUUACAGACAUCUUAAAGACUACCUUCUAACUGAAGAACAGUUACAUGAAAAUAACUACCCCCAACCUAACCCUGACAAACCAGGAAGUGUUCUUUUAAACCCAGGCACAACAACACUUGUAAAUGAUCCUUCUAAGAAGAUGUGCUGUCGAUGUGGGAAAAUCUAUGGUGUGACUCCGGAAGGCAAACACAGCAGCGUAGAGGAAUGUAACUACCACUUUGGUCGAUUGUUGAGUCAAAAAGUCCUUGGUGGCUUAGAAACAUGGUACAGCUGUUGUGAAGGUGUCGUUGGAUCCCCUGGAUGUCAGGUUGCCAAGUGUUCAUUGCAGCUUCAUGUUCAUGACCAAAAAGAAAACCUAGAGGGCUUUGUGAAGACUUUUGUUAAAUUCCCACCCCCUGAUGGAAAUCACAGGGUAUUUGCUGUGAAUUGUCAGAUGUGCUAUACAGCCAAAGGUUUAGAACUCACUCACGUGACAGUGGUAGACUCCAGCCUCCAGGUGGUCUAUGACACAUUUGUGAAACCAGAUGAAGAGAUCAUUGACUAUAACACUAGGUUUUCUGGUGUGGUUGAAAAUGACUUGAAGAACACUAAAACCUCAAUCUGUGAUGUCCAAGCCAUCUUGUUGAACCUGUUCAGUGCUGACACUAUACUAAUUGGACAUAGCUUUGAACACAGUUUGUAUGCUCUUAAGUUAAUUCAUACUUCAGUUGUGGACACGACGGUUAUGUUUCCACAUCGGCUAGGCUUGCCUCACAAAAGAUCCCUUAAGAGUCUAGUGGCUGACUACCUACAGAGAAUCAUUCAGGAUGAUGGUCACAAUUCAAGUGAAAAUGCAACUGCCUGCAUGGAGCUUGUCCUCUGGAAGGUAAAAGAUGACCUGAAAGGAAAGAAGUAAUCAUUUUACCCAAGAAUAUCUUAAAUCUCCACAUUGCUUCUGUGACUCCUUGGCCUCCACUGCUGGCAGUAGAGUUUGGUCUAUAAUUACAUGAGGUUUCUUGACACUUUACUUUCAAAGAGAAGAGGAGAAGGAAAAGCAUUGUUGAGGUUUAUUUAUACAUUUUAAAGGUUAAAUUUCCACAAUAUGGCUGGGAAGGGGUAUGAGAAGGAAUUAGGUUGUUUGGAAUUUGACUCAUCUUUGUAGAUAGUAUGUGAAUAACAGUGGAAGAUGGUUUAAAGUUGAAGUAAUGGGUCCAGGACUUUGGAAAAAAAGUCAUUUCUCCAGUUACCUAAAUUUCUUUUUCUCUCUAAAUACCUAGAACCAUUAUACUUCUUGGGGUUAAAAACAUCUUUAUCUAAAAAAUUGUAGCAGUUUUCUUUAGCUAACCUAUUUAGAAGCAGGGAUUUUCCUCACAGAAUAUAUGGAAGUAAAUGUAAACUUUUCAGUGUGUUAUCAUAAAAUUUUUGAUCAUUUG